AUAUCCUAAACCUGGAACACAAAAUCCCACUGUAACACUACGUGUUGUAGACCUAAAGAGUACCGAAAGAAUACAUACGCGUGAUGUACAACCACCGCAAGUCCUACAAAACGAAGAUUAUUAUAUUACCAGCGCCAGUUGGGUAAGUGAAAAUGAAGUUAGCGUGGUCUGGUUAAAUAGACCGCAAAAUAUUUCUGUGGUUAGUGUAUGCAAAGCGCCUAUGUUUGUAUGUGUUGAGACCCAUCGUGUUAGUGGUGAUGGACGCGGUUGGGUGGAUACAUUAACGGUGCCGUUAUUUGCUGCAAAUGGUACUUCUUAUAUCUCAAUAUCGCCUUUGCGUGAUGGCAGUUCAGGAUAUUUUCGUCAUAUAGUGCACGUACAUGUGGCCAAGAAAAGGGUAUUGCCACUGACUCAUGGUCAAUAUGAGGUGAAAGAGUUGUUGCACUGGGAUCAGGAGAAUAAUUGGAUCUACUUUUUGGGCGUUCCCGAACGUUUACCUUCCCAGCAGCAUUUGUAUAGAGUAUCCGCUUUACCACCACGUCAUGGUUCUCCCAUAUAUGCUCCAGAUUGUUUAACAUGCCCCAUACCCAAAAAUAGUGAUGGCACCUAUGCCUAUGAGGCUUAUACCAAACCACCACCUAAACUGGUUACCGCCUGGGAUGAUGAUUGGGAAAAUUCAGAUGAUGCUCCAGCUGUUGCGGGACCAGCAUUACCUUUGGAACAAAAACAUCCAAGAGAAUCGAAAAUUUCUGAAGAUUCCGAUGAAUGUCUAUAUAAUACCGCCAAAUUCCCACCUACUUUACAUGCUAGAUUUGUGCUAAUCGAAUGUUUAGGCCCAGCCAUACCCACUUCCAGUAUUUAUAUAGUUAAUGGUGUGGAAAAAGAACGUACAGCAAAUGGCAUUGAAAAACAUCAUUUACCCUUAGAACUACUUAUGGUUAUACAGAAUAAUACACGUCUAAAGGAGAAAAUGUCCAAGACGGCUAUGCCUCAGGUUAAAACAUUUCCCGUUAUGAUUUCAGGUGGCUAUCAUGCUCAAGUUAAGCUCUACUUACCGCCCGUCUUAAGAGAAGAUGAAAUAACUCGCUAUCCCACUAUAUUACAUGUGUAUUCGGGCCCUGGCACUCAAUUGGUUACCGAUAAAUGGCAUGUUGAUUGGAACACAUAUUUGUCGGGUAAUAAGGAUUAUAUUGUUAUCGAAAUUGAUGGACGUGGUUCGUCGGGUCAGGGUUAUCAACUAUUACAUGAAGUUUAUAAAAGACUGGGUACAGUUGAAGUUUCGGAUCAAUUGGAAGUUAGCGAAUAUUUGCGUGAUAAUUUACACUUUAUCGAUAAUCGUCGCAUGGGUGUUUGGGGUUGGAGUUAUGGUGGUUAUACGGCCGCCCUGGCUUUGGCAGGUUCUCAGUCGAUAUUCCAGUGUGGCAUAAGUGUUAGUCCGGUAACAAAUUGGAAAUUAUAUGAUUCCACUUAUGCUGAACGCUAUUUAAGUUUUCCUAAUGUAACCGACAAUUAUAAAGGUUACGAAGAGGGUGAUCUCUCCAAAUAUGUAGACAACCUAAGAGAUAAACAAUUCCUAUUGAUACAUGGUACAGCUGAUGAUAAUGUACAUCUGCAGCAAUCUAUGGUUCUAUCUAGAGCAUUAACUAAUAAGGGUGUGUUAUAUAAACAACAAAUCUAUCCCGAUGAGGGUCAUCAAUUGUCGGGUGUAAAAAGGCAUUUAUAUCGUUCGAUGACUGCCUUCUUUGAUGAUUGUUUUAAGAAAUUGCUUGACCAACAGCAGGCUAAUCAAACCGAUUAUUCGGAUUUUUUGGAUUUUCACAGCUUUUAUACAUAAAUUAAUGCCAAAAAUUACCAUGAACAAUGACAUAAAAAUAAAAAAUUCUCAAUCAAUCAUAUAAAAUGAAACGAAAUGUAAAUUUAAACUAGAAAAUAAAAAAAAAACAAAUACUAUAUAAACGAUUUAAACAUCGUUCCAAAG